UGGUAUUUUACUUUCAAUAUUGUCCGUGUUAGACCUGAGAGGAACAGGAUACUCUUUUUGAUACUCUCAAAUAAAUCCACAAAAAUGCGAGGACUCGUGUCUUUUGCCCUGUUUUGUGUGCUGUACGUCACUGUACAAGGGAAACUCUCCAGUCCUAAGAUUCAGCUGUACAGCCAUUUUCCAGGAGAGUAUGGAAAGGGGAACACCCUGAUCUGUUAUGUGAGUGGCUUCCACCCUCCUGAUAUCUCCAUUGAACUGCUGAAAGAUGGAGUGGUUAUCCCUAACUCCCAGCAGACUGACCUGGCCUUCGAAAAGGGCUGGCAGUUUCACCUCACCAAGAGUGUCUCCUUCACACCACAGAAAGGUGAAGAUUACUCCUGCAAGGUUCGACACAUGAGCGAAAUGAAGACAGUUAUUUGGGAGCCCAACAUGUAAAGCGGACAAUCAAAGGAAGACAAAGGGUGGAUAAUUUCUCAGUUUUUUUUGGACAAUAUUCAUCGUCUACAGAUUAUAUUAUCCUACUGUCCCAUAUCACAUAAUGUUGCUCAAGAUGCACUAUUCAUUCAAAUUACACCUCAACUUCCGUGAUUUUAGUUUUCCUUGAUAAUUUAAACCAAAGUAGCUGCUACAUGUUUUGUUUUUGUUUUUUUGGAUGGGUUUUGAUUAGUUUAUGGAUCUUUUUAACUGAUUUCAUUCCUCUUUGUAUAAAUCCUGUGGCUAUUUCUGGCUUUAUUUUGAAAUUAGGCUAAUUACAAAUAUUAUGACCAACUCUCUCUUUUUUUAAAACCAUUUGUUAUUUCCUCUUGUUAAUCUACAUAGCCUACGUUCACUACUGCAAAUUGGAAUAUUAAUGAAUGUGAAUAAUUCAGUUUUACAAAUGUAAUUUUUAAGAGAGGAAAAUAAAAUUUAAAAAACCCAAUGAAA